AUGGCCGUCCCCGACGAUGAAAAGUCUUUCCGUCAACUCGAAGAUGUGGGCUGCCCCGCCGAGAUAUUUACCAUGAAAUGGUCGCCGAAGAUGGAUCUUCUUGCAAUCAUCACGGCAGAAGGCGCUGUGUGGUUAAACAGAUUGUCUUGGCAACGAGUUUGGACUCUGCGCUCGCCCGACUACAAGGCCAUUUCUCUCGCGUGGCGACCGGACGGUAAAGUGUUGGCGCUUGGCUUGGAUAACGGCAAAGUACAUUUAAUCAACGUGGAAAACAGCGAGUGCCUUCACCAAUACGAUGUUGGAGGCAAGCCGCAAUUUCUGAAUUGGCUGGAAACUGUUCACCCCCGUGCCCCAAACUCUGCAGGCAUAUUUGUCGAGAAGGGUGACAGUUUCCUCCCUAGUAUGCCCCACCUACCUACUGGAGGGUCUUCUAUGUUGACCGAGGCAAAAUCUCAUGACAAACCUUGGGAUCCAAAAAGACUUAAUGAACUUACUGGCAUGUUGAGUUUUCUUGUUAUUGUUGACAAGCAUUCUGUCGUCUCGUUACUGGUCCAUGGCUUACUGCCGAUUGGUAAAAUCAAUGUGGGCAAUCUUGUCGAGCAACCUGAAAACUGCCAGAUCCUCAGUGCCUCGUUGGAUGCAAACAUCCAAUUCCUAACAAUUGUUAUGCAAACGAGCACUUCAUCGGACCCUUCAGAUGGCACUGUUUCCAUAUUAACAUUCGAUACCAAACUUUACAGUUCGAGGUCAGAGGAACUCGAGGUGCUCUCGUUAAAGUAUGGGAGGAUCUCAAGCAUUCUGACAUACUUGGAUGGCACCUUUGCGGCCAUGUCGGAAUCCUGGGAAGACAUCUUGCUGGAAAUCGACUCCCAGCUGCAGAAAUACGCAGACAGUUUAAGUCCAGAUACAAGCGUCUCCGAGGAGUUUCUAACACUGCUCACUUGUGGCACUGCCAGUCCGGAGUUGCAAAUUUUCCUUGUGAACGACCUUACAGAAAAAGGUUUGAAAAAGCUUGGAAAGACAGUUGAAAAUUCCUACUCAAACAUCCAAUCGCUGGCCCUCAAUAACCUCCAGUCAGGAAGCAAUGCUCUGCUGUACCAUCUGAACGACUUGAAAGGCAUGUCUCAAUGGUAUGAACGUUUUGGCAUCCUUGGCCUCUCAAACACGAUGGUCGAGGAUUGCUUGAAAAUCUUGGGUUCCCUCAUGCUAAAGACGCAAGAACUACUCGCCGUCAUCCAGAGUGGACUGCAGAGCUUCAUAGCCUUCUUCAAAUGGUUGUACCUUGUGAUCCUACAACUCUUGGACGAAGAAGUCCCGGCAUUUGUUAAGGCGUUCAACCAAGAGGAUGUCUCGCUAAUCGCGGAGUUCCUGCACUGUCAGCUGGGCCAGCAAACAAAGGGUAAAACGAGGUUCAGUAUGGAAAGAGUUGGACAAUAUUUGAAGAAGGAACCACUACAGUUCCAGGUCGAUAGCUCUGAGAAUAUUUGGACGAAAUUUUUGGACGCAAACCCCGAAAUGGCCGACACCUCGUACAUCUUCACGACAGCCCCCGAGAAGUCGCUGGCGACUCUUCACGAGGAACUAACAUCAAGUAUUCGCGCCGCGUUUGGUAAAUUGACGCGCACCACCGAACAAGCGUUGUCAUGUAACCUCAGAACGCCGCUGGCGUCUUGCACUGCGGGCAAACACGACGUGUCGCAAAUCUCCUGCGAGGAUGGAUCGCGGCAUUGGGUCGCGAUAAGCGAAUCGGGUAAAGAACAGUUGCACCUGAUUAGAUUAGGUUUGAGCGGGGCUAUGUCCAGGAUACCGGUGGCAGAAGGGGUUACCGUAGGAUUCCAGCAGUUCGGCGUUCACGACAAGGGACAGUCAAGGAUAAGCGUGGUUGAUCUGGCAUUUUACAACGAAACGACCCUCACCCUACUCCUGCAUAGGGAAGAGGGAAACGACAACAGCUCGGAUAUACUCGCCCAAUUUCCGUUCUCGUCCCUCGAUGGCUCCCAUUUCAGGCGACUGACUUCAAAUGAAGCAGUCGCAAUGGAUGGCUCUGACGCGAUAGUCCAAUACAGAAAUCUUGAGCGAAUGAAAGCAGUUAAGGUGGCCGUGAGCGGUUCACGGAAGGUCGCGUGCGUGUUGUCCACGUCACGAACACGUGUCAAACUCUUCGACAUGGAUGCCGACGAUGAGGUUGACGAUACCUUGGAUGAACUUCAGACCAGCGCCAUGUCCACGGAUAGUGGGGUAUAGUCCUUGCGUUUUAAACAGCGUGGACGUUCUAUCUCUAGACAGUAUGGACUAGAAUACAAAAACCGUGAAAAUAUUUUAGUAACUUUGUUAUAGACGGUCUUUUUCUUUGUAUAGUAGAAAUCGAUGGUGUCUAGGGGAUAUCAGGAUAUUAUAUUCAGAACAUCCUCGAAAAUGUAAAAUAUUCGAUUCACACUCACCUGAUCAAAAGGCAAGCGGGAAAACCAAAACAAAAACACUAACCACACUCCUGGUAGAGUGCCAGGCUUGCUUAGACAUUUCUUGAAGCAUCAAACAUUUUCCACCAAUGUAUACAUGAUAUUCAAAAGACCUGCUUAGUAUAGCUACAUAUUUAUAUUUCGACCUCUAAAAUCCUCAUGGAUUUCAUUAUCGUGACUUAUUCACUGGAACUCUGCGAUUCAUUAUCUGUACUCAGUA